AUGAAGGUCAACGCUAAGAGCAUGCCAUAUUUAAAGCCAGAAAGGAUAAUCACGAAGGAUAAGACCGGAAAGAUAAAGGUUAAAGUUGAAGCUGGUGAGCCUAUUCAGAGUCUCGUUCCAAACUCCGAUAUGAUCCAUGUUCAGAAUGUCCUACCGUCGCCGCCUUCCUCAGAACCAAAACAGCCCAAUAAGUCGAUGAAGGCAGUCUUGUCGAUUUCCAGUAAUGACGGCAGCUCUACGAGCAACGGGAUUGGUGACACUGCGGGUGACACCACCACAUCACCUGACGAAGAUGCUGGCGUUGCCGGAGAAUCUUCCACAUUUUUCACAAUGAUUCCCAGUUUGUUCCGUCAAUGGAAUAUGUUAUCUUCUUCUCAUGCGAGUACUCCAGUUCCAGAUGCCAGGCGGUCAGGUAUGUCACAAUCACGUUCUGACGACGGUUUGUUAGAACUAUAUCGUCUGAGGGUGGAGCCUGACACUCCAUUCCUCUCUGCGAGUAUUCAGCAAAAGCAUAACAUUGAUAGAUUGGCCGAAUGGUGCAUUCGCAUAGUUGCAGACGAUUACCCGCAGAGCGCAACUCAGGUUUCUGUGUAUUCUAUAGAAGCAUUGGUUUCUGCGGAGAAAAAGUGGAAUCCAACGAUCUUUUCAUGCUUCUUUCUACUACCGUUGCACGUCAGAGUACGUACAGCUGAAACUUUGAAGGUCUUUUCGGAAUUCAACAAGUGGAUUGCCGAGUGUCCUAAUUCCGUAAUCAGGCCUGAUCCUAACUUGUUUGCAGGUGCAAUGGUAGUAGAUGCUUGGACUUCUCUCACCAGAGAGACUCCUCUACAGACUGAUUUUGCCUGCUCUAAUAUUUUCCAGAAAUUUUCUUCGACUCUCGAUGAGUCUGCCUUUGCCUUUCAGAUGACAUCAGUUGGAAGGAUGCUUUAUGAGUUUCUAUCAUUUUUAAGCGAGGGUGACAGAAGCUCCGACCAAGCUGCAUUUUGGGCAUCCGCAAGAAGGAAACUACUGUCAUUUGAGUAUGAUAUGCUCAUAUGGCCCGUCAAGUUGUCUACUGAGCUAUCUGUGAUUGAUGACGAUCUACAGCCAUCCUUAGAAGCAUUGGUACUUCAUGUCCUGCACAAUACACUUAUGAUUGCAUACUACGGAACCGCUGCCCUUCGCAAAGGAGAGUAUGCCAGAAACAUAUCACUUUAUUCUAUUCCGGGUCUCUAUCUCUUCAUCUCAGGGAUGGCCAAGAGCAACUUCAUAACAGCACCAAGGAUAGAAGAAAAGUGGAGCAUCAUAGCGGAAUGCCAAAUAGUCACUGCAAGGUUUUUAUUGGCGCUAAAUAGAGAGAUGCCAUUUGACAAUCUUAGAGAGUCGUUGCAUUUUCAUGAAAAGCCGAUCCUCCGAAAGGUUUCAAACUCCCGAGGCACAGGCCAUUUUUACAGAGGUCGGUGA